CUCUCAAGUCGAGGCAGACAUUUUUCAAUGCAAGAUUUUUUCUUGCAUAAAUUAUGCUCAUGACGUAGUGCAAAAGGCCAAUUUCGAGGCAAUUUUGCCCAACUUUUCUGCACAAAUGGAACAUUAUGCGUCACCUUUAGGUUUUUGCGCGGUCAGAAGAGUUUGAGAAAGGACGUCGUCAUUAAAUAUUUAGACAGAGGAGCUGCUAACGCUGCAAAGCUCCUUAUCAAUGCAAAUAGGUCUUUUGUGUGCAGUCACAGCGCCUGUCUGGAAGCUGAGGUGAAUUUUUAAUUAUGUGUGACUGAAACAAACUGUGACAGGAGCUGUCCAAAAGCGGCCGAUGACAGCAGACGAGCGGCUGUAGCGCGAAUUCAUGGAAAUCAUCAAGUCAUAACAGAGAACCAUGGCCUCCCAGGACCAACCCGCCAAAGAUGUGUCACUCACUGUCAAUGAGCAAGUCAUUGUAAUGUCCGGACAUGAGACCAUUCGUGUGCUUGAGGUAGAAGUGGACACUCCGCAGUCUUCAGCAUUACCAGAUGGAAAAGGAGACUCAAAGAGCGAAGAUGGGCCCACAGAGCAACAAGACAGCUGCCCGACACUGGAUCAGGGCACAGGGGCAGCAGUUUUGGGUGAGCAGCCAACUCCAGCUCCUGCAGUUCAAACUCUGACCCCCUCGGUCCCCAUCAGUGUGUCUCUGGCCCAAGCUCAGGCUGCACUCCCCAUCACAGUACAAGGCUGCCCACAGGUGCUGACGCAGGAGAGUUUGGCCACCCUGAUGACUGGGAUGAUGGCUCAGGCCGGGACCCUUGGCCAGCCUUUGCUCAUCCCUUUGAACAUGGCUGGGUCUCUGGGUGGACAGGGCAGCCUCGCCGUGCUCACUCUGCCCACCACAAACGUAGCCACGCUCCCCGGGCUCGCUGCAGCCACUACAGCUGGAAACCUACUCAAACUACCCUUCACUGGGCUCCAAGCUGCUGCAGUGUUGAAUUCAGUGCAGCCUCAGAUCCAGACCGGAGCACAGACGGUGUUGCCCUCUCCUGCCGCUCAGCCCAUUCAGUCCCAGGUCCCACCCACUCCUGUUUCCACAGCAGCAGCCCCCAUGCCCCCCGCCUCCUCUUCUGUCUCCCAGUCCAUCCCUGUGGCUGCUCUUCAGCCCGCCGGCCUCUCCAUCAACCCGGCCAUAAUUAACGCUGCCACACUGGGAGCACAGACGCAGUUCCUCGGGUCCAUCGCCUCCACUCCGAUCUUCACUAACGCCAUGUCUAAUAUGGCUGGAAUCACCAGCCAGAUUAUCACCAACGCCCAAGGGCAGGUGAUAGGGACCCUGCCGUUGUUGUUGAACCCCUCUCUGACAGGAGCGACCCCAACCCUCCCACUGCAGGGGCUCCAGGGGCUCCAGGUGCAGACGGUCUCUCCUCAGAUCCUGUUCAAUAAUCAGGGCCAGAUAAUCGCCACAGUAGGAAACGGACCAGCCACUGUUGCCCCCUCCACCUCAGUGCAGCCCAAAACCACAGCGACUUCACUUCUGUCCAAGUCUAAUGCCCAGGCUUCCAUUACUGCUGUCAGUCAGUCUCCAGUUGUCAUCGCUCCCUCUCCCUCUGUUCUGAAGUCUGCCCCCACACUCUCCUCUGCUGGGCCCAUCACCUGCGCAGACGUGGCCAAAGUGGGACAACUCGUCAACAAACCCCAGCCUGCAGUCAGUGGUGAGGAGGGCAUUAAUCUGGAGGAAAUUCGAGAGUUUGCCAAGAAUUUUAAGAUCCGCCGCUUGUCCUUAGGGCUCACACAGACACAAGUGGGACAGGCCCUGACUGCGACUGAGGGCCCAGCGUACAGCCAGUCAGCAAUAUGCAGGUUUGAGAAGCUGGACAUUACCCCCAAAAGUGCUCAGAAACUCAAGCCGGUUCUGGAGAAGUGGCUGGCUGAAGCAGAGCACUGGAACCAGAAAGGACAGCAAAAUCUGAUGGAGUUUGUUGGUGGCGAACCUUCAAAAAAAAGAAAACGCAGAACCAGUUUCACUCCACAGGCCAUUGAAGUCCUCAACUCCUACUUUGAGAAAAACGCACUCCCGACUGGUCAAGAAAUUACAGAAAUCGCACGGGAACUAAACUACGACAGAGAAGUAGUGCGAGUUUGGUUCUGCAACAGACGACAGACUUUGAAAAACACAAGUAAAAUCAAUGUCUUCCAGGCUCAACAGUGACCUCUACCACUAACUUUUUUCUGCUAUUUGUUAAUGGAUUUCUGUGUGAAAAAUAUGGACUGUUGCCAUAGUAAUUAACAACUAAAAAUAGAAUAUUAUACCUUUCAAAUGGUCAAAGGUCCUCGAAAUGGCGCCCAUAACAAGACACUGAAACUAAUGAGUAUGAAUUGUAAACAGACUGUUUUUUUGAAAAUGAAGGAAAUUAUAUAGUUAUUGCUACAUUUCAACGCUGUAUACUAUAGGUACUACUUCUCUAUUGUUAAGUCAAGAAAAAGUGCAUGACCAUAUUGUAUACUGUAAUAAUAAUAAUAAUAGCUUAUGUUAUUUAAACUCAUCUUUACAGCUUAUACAUUUAAAAUCUAUUUACACAUUUUUUACAUCCUUGUACAUUUAUUUUGAAUAUGAAUCUGAAUCUGCCUUUUAUCUAUCUGCAACAGCUAGCCUAUAUGUGUUGCAAUGUUUAUCAAGAUGUUUAUCAAUACAUUAGUUGAUGCUAAGGAAUUUGUUGUUGGCCAAAUUAUUCUAGCUUUCUUUUGACAAUCGUUUUAUUAUGCAAUUUUUUCAACUUGCCCAGUAAGUAAACAACUUAUUGCUGUAUUAUCUUUAAACCAUGUUAUAUGAAGUAAGGAUGAAGUUAAAAAUGCUCUGACCUGUUUUACUCAUACAAGGUAUAAAUACGUUUCAAUAGUCUCAUUUCAAAUGUAUUCAAAUAAUUUAUGUCUAUGCCACUCUUGUUUUCCUUUUAUUGUGCUUGUUUUUAUGGACUAACUUCUUGUUUGAAUAUUUGUAAGUUAUAUUAACAGCUUCAGUGGUCCGACCUUGUCUAAUGCAUCAGUGCCACAUUUUUGUGAUAUUUGAAUUGUUUUAUUUGUAUGUUUUAAACUAAGGAAUAUUUGAUACUUGUAAAAGAAAUAUGCAUUUAUUGUUGUGGCCAUUGGUUUGGUCUGUGCAUGUGCAGUAUGAAAGUAUCCUUUGAAAGGACAAUAUAAAAGCAUUUUUUUCCUCUCAUUCAUUUUGCACUUAAAACAUUUAAGAUAAAAUACUGUUUUGAUCUGCAUUGCUUUGUAAAAAUAUGUAACAUUACUCCAGUUGCCAUUGUCAUGUCAAAUGUAUCUUUUAUAAAAAAGAAAAAAUACGACACAUUAAAUAUACUAAUAU